AUGAGCCACCGGCGGCGGGUUCUGAAUCUGGUUUUGAAGAACAAGUUCACCGGCGUGCACUCGCUGCACCGACUCGACCUCCUGUCGCGCCAGAACAGCCUGUUCUAUCCAACGGCGAAGGCGGCGGAGGACGCAGCGGCCGCCAAGGAUUCGGAGAUCCUCUUCGCCGCGGAGAAGGAUGAUCCGGCCGUCCUAGAUGGCAGGACGACCGGGCAGGAGUCGCUGGAGAAGCUGAUGGAGAUGCUGGUGCCGUCGCCGAGGCUGAGCUUCGAGCCGACGCCGCACCCGGAGUACGGCUCCCUCUGGAGCAGGCUGGACUGCGCAGCCCUGUCGGAGGGCAGGACGGUGUUCGUGGACUGCAACUCGCGCGGCGCCUUCCUGUACGACGCCGACAAGCGCCGCGUCGUUACCAUGGCCGGCUUCCCCGAGCGCAAGCGGUGGCCCUGGCGGCGCGCCUACUUCCCCGUUGCUGCCGGCGCCGGCGGUGACAACGGAGAACCCGACGAAGGCGUGUACGUCAUUGAUCGAGACCCCGAGGGAGACGACGCCACGAACUGGCUCAAGUUCCAGGCCAUGGUCCACCGCACGCCGCGCGGCCGCGGCUCGGACUACGAUAAGCGCUGGCACCUCGACGAGCUCCCGCGGCCGCCCUUCGCUGAAGACGCCGGCUACAAGGGCACCAUGGAGAUCGUCUCCUACGCGCAGGCCGGCGACGCCUCCGACGUGAUCUGCGUGUCCACGGAAGGCCGCGGGACACACUGCUUCGACACGGCGAGCCGCGCGUGGAGCAAGGCCGGCGGCUGGGCCCUGCCGUUCGCCGGCAAGAUCGAGCACGACCGGGAGCUCGGCCUCUGGCUUGGCUUCGUGAAACAAUGCCGUGAGGAGGACAACAACAGCCUGUACGCCACCGGCGACCUCUUCGCUGACGUGGACAGACGUUCGCUGCUGCGGUAUGGUCGCGACGACUGCCGGAAUCUAGAGCCGCCGUGGGGGUGGCACAAGGUCGUGGUGCCCGAGCCCCGGAUCGUCAGCCUCGGCUCCGGCAAGUUCUGCGUCACCCAGUUCUUCGAGACCAGAAGGUCAGCCUGCAGCAAGUGUCUCCAUGAAGAAACCGACAAGAGGUUCGCUUUGUUCACCGGCGUGGAGGUGAUUCACCGUGGCAGCGAUGGCAGCGACGAGAAGGCCGGCAAUGGCAGUGACGAGCAGCCGACAUGGCAGUGCCGAUGUAGUAGGGCCAACGGAGCUCCGGGUGGUCAUUCACAAGAGUAA